GGCCAGAGAUUAAGAGAGAGACAGAGACAGAGACAGAAAUGGGGCUCUGAUAGCGAAUGCCAUCAGCAUCUGUUAUUUACUCUCGCUACAGCCAAAGUCAGAGAUUAGUCUUCUCCUUCUCUCUCUAAAAAUUCUCUCUCUAAAGAUCUUAGAUCUCUCUCUUCUUUUUGAUCUCUUUUUUCCCUGAACGUCUCCCCACACUUUCCCGAGAAAAUACUAGAGAUCAUUAUUAUUAUUUUUUCUCGUCGGCGAAGAAGGAUAUGUCGGACGCUUUGAUCAAUGGGCUCGCCGGAGCUGGCGGAGGGAUUAUCGCUCAGCUCAUCACAUAUCCUCUUCAAACCGUGAAUACUCGUCAACAGACGGAGCGUGAUCUCAAGAAGGAGAAGAGGAAGCUAGGAACUAUUGAACAAAUGUGUCAGGUUGUAAAACACGAAGGAUGGGGACGAUUAUACGGAGGUUUAACGCCGUCGUUAGCAGGCACGGCUGCUUCUCAGGGUGUUUAUUAUUAUUUCUAUCAAAUAUUCAGGAACAAGGCUGAAGCUGCUGCACUCGAGCAAAUGAAGGUAGGAAAUGGUGAUGGAUCAGUUGGGAUGGUCUCAUCUCUUGUGGUGGCUGCAUUAUCUGGGUGUGUGAAUGUGCUGUUGACAAAUCCUAUAUGGGUAGUUGUUACGCGCAUGCAGACUCACACAAAAAUCGCAAAGAAGUCCCAGCCUGGUCAGAUGCAGUCAAUUACUCCAGGUGAAGCAAUUCUUACUGCAGCUGAGCCACCUCCCUACGGGACUGUCCAUGCGGUUCAGGAAGUUUAUGAUGAAGCUGGAGUUUCGGGUUUCUGGAAAGGUUUACUCCCAACGUUGAUCAUGGUGAGUAAUCCUUCCAUACAGUUCAUGCUGUAUGAAACCAUGUUGAAGAAGCUGAAGAAAAGACGCGCUUCGAGUAAGCAGGGUAGCAACGGGAUUACUGCUUUGGAGAUAUUUCUCCUCGGUGCCCUGGCGAAAUUAGGAGCUACCAUUGUAACGUAUCCUCUUCUAGUUGUGAAGUCGAGGCUUCAAGCGAAACAGGUCACAACUGGUGAUAAAAGGCAUCAUUAUAAAGGCACAUUGGACGCCAUUUUAAAGAUGAUCCGAUACGAAGGCUUCAACAGGUUUUACAAAGGGAUGAGCACCAAAAUUGUGCAAAGCGUACUUGCUGCCGCUGUUCUGUUCAUGGUUAAGGAAGAACUUGUUAGGGGAGCUCGGUUCUUGCUUACCAGUAGCGCCACUAAGAAAGUGAAAUCAAAAUCAUAGCCUCUGUCUCCCUUUUAUUAAUAAUAAUAGUAAUAAUAAUAAAUUUUUUUUUUGUUUAAUUUUACUCGUAAGCUUAGCAAGCCAUUUUAUUAUCAAAUGUUUAUUCAUAUGAUUUAUGCCAGUGUUGGCAUACUCUUGCCCUGGAAAUAAAAGGAUGCAAGAGGGAUGAUUGAAAAUGAUGAUUGUAU